UCGUAGAAACGACAAAAUAUCACGCUUUCUUCUUAGACAUCAAACACAAUUUGACAGGUUUACUGAUUCGAUAGUUGUUCGAAACAGUUUGUUCAUUGGAUAAUGUAUUGUAUUGACUCACCUACCAAUGGUGUCGACUUAAUGUGCAAACAACACGUCGAUUGAAAACUACUGUUGAAAGAGGAAUACAACGGCUUCUAUUACACCAUGUGACGACUAUAAUUAGCGCCCUUUAUAACGUUAUAACGCUUACAUUUUGGUUUCUAUGGCAACAGAUAGACUUAAUACUCAAGGGAUCGCUUUUAUAAUUAUAUUUCGACACGUUAGUUUCUUAUUAGUACAACUUACAACUUUGGUGAUUAGUUUUUUCCCAAUUGUUAAAUGUAAAUUUAGCUUCAGCCUCGAAUCCUUUAACACGAAUUCCAAUAAUUCAAAUUCUUAUCUUCGUUAAAACCAUUUUUCCUUGAAAGUGUUCCAUUUAUAACCUGAAAAUCAUUUGGAUAACAGUGAUGGUCUUAUCAGUGUGUGCAAUUUUGUCAUAGUCACAUCAUACGUGUUCCAAAUCUAACUACAUAUUAAUCACUAUGCAUAAGCCCAAAACUGACUUAUACCAAGUGACAGUAGCUUCUGGCGGAAUAGCCCGCUCUCCUAGCCGGGAUUCAUUUGCUACAGAAUUUUCAUUAAUGUCUUUGUCUAGUUUAGGAUCAGAUAUGAGCAAGACAGGACACUCUGUGUUAAAGCUCUCCAAGCAUGAAGAGCGAACUGACGAUCAUAGUCCUCAACCUAAUAAACUUAUAUGGAGCAAAACUGGUUUUGGUACCUCUCAUUGUCCCCAGAGGAAUUUUUUACAAGUACCCCACGAGCAUUAUGGCGGUAGAUCGAGAGAUACUAUAACAGAAGUUCUGUUUGAAGACGAAUCGGAAAUAAUUCGUAAUUGUGGAGCUCUUUCCUCUGUAUUUGGGCUGAUGAAAAGCUUUAGCACUAGUGACAUCACUCACAUUACCAACAUAGAGAAAGAGCCUCUUCGUCGGAGUUCCUCGGAAGUGGCUGCAUGUGAUUGGAGUAAAUACGAGAUGCAGAAUGCUAGAUUGGGCCGCGCGUCUCGUUCCUUGUCAACAUGGGUUGCAGUCGGUGACGUGGUUUCAACGUCUCAACUCCCUUCACCUCAGCCAUUCUUGGGCCCUCACGAAGAAUCUCCGUCAAUCACAGCCACAGACUUUGUUCGCUCUAUAAACAAAAAAGCUCGGCAAAUGUACAUUCAACAGCGGGUUUCUUCAACGUACAAAGCUUUAGAACGAUUAACUCGAAGCCAGCUAGAUUUAAAUACAGAUUUACCAGAGGCAGGAAUAAAAAUCACAAUACCCCAGGUUCAAGUGUCAUCAGAACUGGACUGGAAUAUCUGCAACAACGAAGUAGGAAUAUCAGGUGUGGGACUUAAAGGCUCUAACAAAAGCUUCAGCCUUACAGCAAAAGAUAUCGAACGUGACAGGGGAAAACCACUGACGAGAUACGAACGGAAUAUGAUGAUUUUCAACUGGCUGCACAAUGUUAAUGAAAAUGCUUUUGAGUUAUCCUGACAUUUUUUGCUCUACGAUAUCGUAGUAAAAUGUGUAGUGUAUGUCUUUCCAAAUACACAGGAUCUAAUGUACGAUAAUUUUUUGUGUCAUUCGGACUUCAUCUAGUGAAUUCAGUAAUGAAUUAUGUUAUCAAUAUUGUGAUUCUCCAAAUGCGUGAUUUACUUGUUUUAAUUUAGGUAUCCAUGUAUUUGUUUUUAUGUUGUGAAACUAUCAUAUGAACCUAAAGGCAAAAUGGUAAAUUUUUGAUGUAAAUCUUUAGCAAAUUUCAAAAACAUUUUUACCAAGUAAACCAAACAAUGGUUUACAUUAGACUUGGACUUUACUGAGACAGUUACGAUAAAAAUACCAUUUAACUACAAAUUUAUUGUUUACAUUGCAUUUCAAAUUGUGUCGUAAUAGUUAUUGAGCACAAUCACCACCAGUGAACAAAGUUUCCUUGAAAUAUAUUACUUCAAAACAUGUAGUAUACGGUUGCACGACAGACGAAAAUACAUUAACAGUCAAUAUGAAACGUAGUGAAAACCAUUACUUUACACACGAUUACAACCAAUUUGUACUUAUUUUAUGUGUGUCAACCAACAUGAAAUAAAUUAUAUUUGCUAUAAACAUUUGUUGUUAGAGCCAAUCUUACAUCGUUAAAAAACGCAAAGUAACCUUAGAAUGUCAACCAUCAAUAAGUAUUGGACAUAACAUUUACAUUAUUGACCACCUACCUAUACACUCGUCACUGUAAGAAAUGCAUUUACAAUCAGAGUAGUAUCUUUAGCGUUGGAUAAGGUGGGGCAAUAGCCCUGGGUAGCAAACUAACAAGGAUAACCGAACACUGUUCAAAAUUAAUAAAAGCAUAACCCAGUCAAACAUCUUAACAAAAACUAACAACACCGAUACUUUUUUCUCUGGUUCCUCCAUGAUCGUGUAGUGUCAAUACUUCCUGUAUAGUACAGAGUAGAAACAUGCUAUGUAGUGGUGUUAAUACUUCCUGUAUAGUACAGAGUAGAAACAUGUUAUGUAGUGGUGUUUAAUACUUCCUGUAUAGUACAGAGUGGAAACAUUCUAUGUAGUGUCAAUACUUCCUGUAUAGUACACAGUAGAAACAUGCUAUGUAGUGGUGUUAAUACUUCCUGUAUAGUACAGAGUGGAAACAUUAUGUGUUGUGUCAACACUACCUGUAUACUACAUAGUAGAAACGUUAUUUAGUGGUGUCAACGCUUCCUGUAUACUACAUAGUACAAACAUGCUAUUUAGUAGUGUUAACGCUUCCUGAAUAGUACAGAGUGGAAACAUUCUGUGUAGUGUCAACACUACCUGUAUACUACAUAGUAGAAACAUGCUAUUUAGUAGUGUUAACGCUUCCUGAAUAGUAGAGAGUAGAAAUAUGCUAUUUAGUAGUGUCAACGCUUCCUGUAUACUACAUAUUAGAAACAUACUAUUUAGUAGUGUUAACGCUUCCUAAAUAGUACAGAGUAGAAACAUGCUAUUUAGUAGUGUCAACGCUUCCUGUAUACUACAUAUUAGAAACAUACUAUUUAGUAGUGUUAACGCUUCCUGGGUAGUACAGAGUAGAAACAUGCUAUUUAGUAGUGUUAACACUUCCUGUAUACUACUUAGUAGAAACGUUAUUUAGUAGUGUCAACGCUUCCUGUAUACUACAUAGUAGAAACAUGCUAUUUAGUAGUGUUAACACUUCCUGUAUAGUACAAAGUAGAAACAUGCUAUGUGGAGGUGUCAACACUUCCUGAAUAGUACAGAGUGGAAACAAGCAAUAUAGUGGUGUUAACUAUUUCUUAUAUUACAUAGUAGAAACAUACUAUUUAGUGGUGUAUAGUACAGAGUAGAAAAAUGCUGUGUAAAAGUGUCAAUACUUCCUCUAUAGUACAGGGUAAAAAAAUGUUAUGUAGUAGUUCAACACUUUUUGUAUAGUACAGAAUAGAACAAUGCUGUGUAAAAAUAUCAACACUUCCCGUAUAGAACAGAGUAGAAAAAUCCUAUGUAGUAGUGUAAACACUUCCUGAAUUGUAUAGAGUAGAAACAUUAUUUAAUUUAGAGUCGACACUUUUUGUAUUGUAACUUGCCAACACAUCCUAUGUCGUAAAGUGAAAAAAACAACAACACUGAGUAUGAAGCAGAGUCUACAUAUCUUGUAUAGUACAGUGUCAACACCUUCUAUAUAGCACAGUGUCGAAACAUCCUAUAUGGUUCAUUGUCAACACUUUCUAUAUAGUAUUGUGUCAUUUUUUCCAUAUGGUGUUAAAACAUUCUUAUAAUGAAGCAUAUUACAUAUAAAUUAGCAGAAACACAACUGCCUAUUACUUUGUGAAAAUAUCAUUCAUUAUAAAGUGUAAUCUCAUCAUAUCUGGUAAGAUAUUGAAAUAUCCUAUAUAGUACAGUAUGCUAACAUCGUAAGUAGUAAGGUGUUGAGAUAUCCUGUAUAAUACUAUGUGAAUUUAUCAUGUACAAUAUAGUAUGUACUUACCAUGUAUAGUAUAGUUUGAAUAAAUCAUGUGUAUUACAAUGUCAA